CCCAGCCAAAGACAGAAUCAAAUCACGAGGCGAGUGCCCUAGACACACAACUCUGUUCUAGACGUAGCGUUUCCAUUUGCAACACCAACAACAAGAUGCAACUUUUGAUAGUGUUUGCCACCUGCUUGGCGCUGACCAAUGGCCUGGCGCUCUAUGCCAACUAUCCGUAUCUGUAUACGGCCCAGGGAUCAGCGUUGAUUACGCCCACACAGCAGCAGUAUCUCACCCAGGAUGCAUUGGGUCAGUACGCCUAUGGCUAUGCCGAGCCUCACUCCAGCAAGCAAGAGAUUCGCGGUCUGGAUGGCACCACACGUGGCACCUACAGCUAUCGCGAUGCCACCGGCAAGCUGCAGACUGUGGAGUACACAGCCGACGGUGAGGGUUUCCAUGUCUCGGCCACCAACUUGCCACGUGCCGUGCAACCAAUCGCAAGCGAAGGCCGAAGUGCCAAUGAUGUGGCUCCAGCUCCAGCUCCAGCUGCUGAUGUUCCUGCUGAUUCCAUCGAGGUGGCCGCAGCUCGUCAAUCGCAUUUCGCCGCUCACGAAGAGGCGCGUCUGCGUCUCGCUCAAGCUCAACAGCAACAACAACAACAGUCAAGUCCAUCCCAGCCAGAAGUUGAGUUGCCGCGUCCCGUUUCCGACACUGCCGAAGUGGCAGCUGCCAAGUCCAAUCAUCUGAAGCGAGUUGCAUCCGAAACGCUGCGCAAUGAGCUGCUCAGCGGCAAUGCUGUCCCGGUUGCACGCAGCUCCCAUGUCAUUGUGCCGGUGCCUUCGGUCUAUGGCUACACCGUGCCACGCUUCUACAGUCCACGCUUUCGCCACACAAAAGGAAGCCCCAUCAUCAUCAUCAUCACAAUACAAUACAAAAAACCAUUCCAACUCAAGAUGCAGUUCCUCAACGUCAAUCUUUGCCUUUGCCUGUUAAUUGUACCUUUGGUGCAUGGCAUCGCUUUGCUGGAAUACGGCGCUCCACCAGCUGCCGGCACAAUUAGUCAAUACCACACCCAGGAUGAGCAUGGACAGUACACUUAUGGCUACACAGCGCCUCUCUACUCCAAGCACGAGACACGUACUGCAGAUGGCGUUACACAUGGUUCGUAUUCCUAUGUGGAUGCCACAGGGAAGCAGCAGACAGUCGACUACAAGGCUGACUCAACUGGCUUCCAUGUCACGGCCAGCACUCUAGAGCAGCGACCCAAUGAGGAGACACCCGAGGUGGCUGCGUUGCGUGCCCAGCACUUGGCGGCCCAUGCAGAGGCCAAGCUGCGUCUUGCUGGCGAUCAAUCAACAAGGUCAACUUCUGUGCAGGAUACACCCGAAGUGGCCGCCGCCAAGGUGGCGUUCUUCAAGCGCUUCGAGGCGGAAAAGAGACGCAAUCAGCUGGCUAAAUCAGCCCAGCAAAUACUGCCCAACACCAACACAAUACUCUCCCAGCCGAUCUAUGUCUAUCAGCCAGCCAAUGGUUUCAUCUACAAGUACAAUCAUCUACUGCGUUCACCCGCCAGAGACUAAUUGCCAACUGCUUGA